CUCAAUGCUAAUAUGGAACGAAAGUGUAAUCACAUGGCACCGCCGUCGUCGUCGCGCCCGCCGCGUCGCCGCCGCAGCCGCAGACGGCACCACCCCCCACCAUCGGCGGGACAGCGCCCUCGAUCCCCUAACCGGCAGACCCUCGAUGCAACAGAUCCCCAGGUCCACCACCUCGACCGUCCGACUACCCGUGCCCAAGGUCAACGUGGAGCGCUGGCUGGAAGAACAAACCCGUUCGGGCACCAACGAGCCCUGGCAUUUCGCCCAGGAAUCCUGUGCCAUCUGUCUCGAACGUCUCAAGGUGGAGGAUGAGAAGAUGCCGACUACGUCCACCACCGCAACGGCAACCGCUCCCAACGAUGACAUGAAUCAUCCGCCCACAGCCCCCCAACCCGCUUGGAUCCCCCCCCGUUCUGGUGGUCACGGCAGUCACCCGGACCUAGAAACAGGGUUGAGCGAUUGGCGCCGCGGUUCGCUAUCCUCUGCUUCCUCAGACCUCGACACCGCUCCUGCGCCAGGCCAGGCAAAUGAUGUCUUGGUGCUCAAGAGAUGUAACCAUGUCUUCCAUGCGGCGUGUCUGGUCCUGUGGGUCGAGCAGCAUCGGUAUAGGUGUCCGGUCUGUCAGGCUUCGUUGAAGCAUAGUUCUUGUUCUUGAUGGUCCCGGGUGCUCUGCAGUGACUUGGUGAUGUCUGCUGGUUUCCGUUCGUGACGGGCCCCGGCUCUCUGUAGUACGAGUAGUGAUGAUGUCUGUGCCGGUUUUUCCGUUCCUGGUUGCCGAGAUAUAUUCGCCAAGAGCGAGAGCAGCGUCACCUGGUUUUCUGUGUGGUGAGGUGUCUGGGUAUGUAACGAUAAGAUGAUCGGCGUCUUGGGGUUUGCUGCCGCUUUUCUUGCUCUUCUUCUAGUUUGGUGUCUGUGUUGGACGUUGGUGAUGGCGUGACUCACCCCCCUCUGUGUAAUGUUAACUUCUCGCCGCGCUGGUUGCGCCUCUCCAAUGACUUUAGCUCUGCGUCGAGCUUGUUAUGCAUCCUCCUUGGCACGCCCAGCGUCCAGCUCAAUACCAAGAAUAGGAU